AUGGCUGAUCCAUUGGACAAUAUAAUUGUCUUUCAUUGUAUGCGUAAAUCACUUUUGGAUGAGAUUAACAACAAUGACUACAAAGACUUUGAUGAUGAUAGUGAUAGUGAAGAUAAUUCACAAAACAAUGAUUCAGUAGACAAAUGGUUGUAUCCAUUGGCAGACAUUUAUGAAGAAGAAGAAGAAGAAGAAGAAGAAGAGUCAACAGUUAACCAAAUACUUAUCGAUGAUGUGUUGAUAAACAUCUUAAAUAUGUUGAAUCCGAAAGAGUUGUUUCAAUUGCAAAGAGUUAGCAAACAGUUUCAGUAUUGUUGUCAACAAAGUCUGAAAAAAGUAAAAGUAUUGCGAAUCAGAUCACAACUGAUGACUGACAACGACAACGACGAUGACGACGAAUGUUAUACAACUGACACUUUGAUUAUCACUGGACUGAAGAUAUAUUAUAUGGAUAUUGAAUGUCUGUCCGACAAACUGCCAAACAUUGAAGUACUGGUCGUUAGUCCCGAAUUGAGUCUCGACUCGUUGUUAAUCAUUAGCCAAAAGUGUCCGCUAAUUGAUUCGCUAUGUUUUGGUCCGAAAUUUGCUGAAACAUUGACUGACGACAAACUGAUGGCAAUUCUCGACAUCUAUGGCGACCAACUCAAUCGUUUGCGUGUCUAUUGUCCACAAAUUGGCAAUUCUGAUGAUUAUAAUAGUAUGGAACAGUCGGUUAUGGACACACUGUUUGAAUUAACGUUUGAAGUGUUUGAGUCGCGGGACAAUCCGUACACGAAACCGGAUAACUUUCUCGACAACGAUAUGAGCGGCAGUUUUGCCUGUUUUGGUCUAAAAGAUGGUUUUCCGCCGACCGGCGAUUUCCAGACAAUUUUCUUGACAACAGUGGCCACAAAAGAGAUUGAAAGACGAUUCAAGCGCUACUCUGCCGGCCAAUGGUUUUGUGUGUUUGGUCGCGAAGAGACCGAUGGCGUCGCUGCCGAUCAUCCAGUGGUCAAGUCGUCGAUAGAGUUCAUUCAGUGCCGAUUCGGUGAUCUCAUACAGUAUUGGAAACAUCAUUAAACAACACUUAAAAUUGAUUAUCAAAAAAC